AUGCUUUUAAUUCGAAAAAUUACUGGCCUGAAUCCGGUCAACCGGUCCGGUAAACCGGUCACUGAAUGUCAACCUCAAGUGACAGCAGUUGUCAACCUGUCAAAACAAAUUCUUGAUAGCAAAACUAUUGAGAUACUGAAUAGAGGUUUAAACUUUGUUCCUGCGCCGCAAAAAAUACCUUGCGAAGAAAUAAUAAGUCAUAUGGAGGAAACUUUAUUUAAAAACAACAUUCUUAAAGAAGACGCAGAGGCGAUUCGGCAAGACAUAUCUUGUGUACUACGAACUUCCAAACCGCCGAAACCUAACAUCUCUCGCUCUGAGUCAAUCGCUUUAAAACAACUGCGAAAGAAUGAAGAUAUAAUAGUACUCCGAGCUGACAAAGGAAACGCAACGUUUAUAAUGGAUACGUCAUAUUACAACAACAAAUUGUCGGAAAUACUGUCGGACGAAAACACCUACAAAAAAGUCGACAAGGACCCAACAAACAAGGUAAUGACUAAUGAAACAAACAACUGA